AUGCGUGAAUAUAAAAUUGUGGUCUUAGGAAGCGGUGGUGUCGGGAAAAGUGCACUGACAGUACAGUUCGUGCAAGGAUAUUUUCCCGAGAAGUAUGACCCUACAAUUGAAGACAGUUACAGGAAACAGGUGGAAGUUGAUGGUCAGCAAUGCAUUCUAGAGAUUUUGGACACUGCAGGCACGGAACAGUUUACGGCAAUGCGUGAUCUUUAUAUGAAGACAGGACAGGGCUUUGUCUUAGUCUAUUCAAUAACUGCCCAGUCUACCUUCAAUGAUUUGGUCGAUUUAAGGGACCAAAUACUCAGAGUUAAGGAUACUGAAGAGGUUCCGAUGAUUUUGGUUGGUAAUAAAUGUGAUCUCGAAGAUGAGAGAGUUGUUGGUAAGGACCAAGGUCAGAAUCUAGCUAGGAGUUUCAACAGUGCUUUCCUAGAGACAUCAGCGAAGGCAAAAGUUAACGUCAAUGAGGUCUUUCAUGACUUAGUGCGACAGAUUAAGCGUCGUUAUCCCGAAAAUAAGAAGCACCAAUCGGGUUCUUCAAAAUGCUGUUGCUCGUUAAUGUGA